UGACGAUUUUCUUGCAAAAUACUUUGAAACGGUUGUUUUACCAAAGAGGUUCACAAGAGUUCUAUCAUAAUUUCAAAGAUUGCUAAAAAAGAUGAAACGUUUUUGUGUUUUAAUAGUGUUCGUCGCUAUAAAUGUUUUAGCAGAAGAUAAACUAGCGUUAUAUAAGAAGCAUCUUGUCAUCACAAAUAGACAAAUCGCGGAGGUGAAUUCUCUUUCUCCAGAGAAAAUUGCUAUUAUAUAUGGUGUAACAGCACCGCCAAUCGAGAAAAUUAAUGAAGAAGAUUGGAAGGUAUUGGGUAUGCAAAAAGUAAUUGGAACAAUUUUGGAUGAAAAUGCAAAAAUGAAGAAAAUGGUUUUUAUGUUGGCUGCACCAGCACCGCCAAUCGAGGAAAUUAAUGAAGAAGAUUGGAAGGUAUUGGGUAUGCAAAAAGUAAUUGGAACAAUUUUGGAUGAAAAUACAAAAAUGAAGAAAAUGGUUUUUAUGUUGGCUGCACCAGUACCGUCAAGUCUAAAUUGCCUGUCGGAUAAAAUGAAUAGGUUGUUGGCUAAACUAGCACCGACAAUCCAGAAAAAAUUACAGGAAUACAUAAAUUACCAAACUGACUUGCAACAAGUAAUAUCCAAAGUCUUAGGUAUUCAUCCUGUUCGUGAUAUUAAAAAUGAAGAUUUUGAAAACUGUGGGUUGAAAGAACUUGGAGAAGUGAGAAGACAACUAACUCUUGACGUUACAACACGUUUUGUGAAAAAACAAGCAUUAUUUAUGAAUAAAGAAGAUGAGUACAAAAAAGUGGCGGACUGGUUGUGUCGACUAAAAGGAUUGCUUAGAAGUAUAAGAGUCCCAGAAGCAUAUAUAACAGAAGCUAAAGUUCAAGGUCAAAUUUGUUUUCUAACUGGUAUAGACAAGAUUGUUAUGAAAGUCGAUCCCACGGGGUAUGAUACUGUUUAAAAAAUAAAUUAGUGUGUUUAAUUAACAUCACUAAUACAUGGUAAAAAGUAUUCGCAUGGUUUGCAGUUAUUACAAUUCAGACCAAUAAUCUUAGAGUUAACUUGCUAAAAAUUAUA